GUUUCAGAUUGUGUUGGAGGCAGAGUGCUGCCAGGGCGCUCUGCUGAUCAAGAGAGGGAAGCCUUCAGUGGGUUGACGCGUAUGCUUAGGUGUAUUCUGGCCGCAUUCUGUGUAUUAGCCGGAUUUUGAAACUUUCCCUGUAGUUGACACAACAGAGACCUUUUUCGUGCUCGUUUGAAGUGCCCCUGUGCGCAACUGUCCCUUUGAUUCUGGGGAAGAAAGAUGGAAAGUGUGAGAGCUCACAGGAGAGCUGGCAUCCUCGCCCAGCAUUUCGUGCCAGACGAGACAACUGGCGCAUCUUCUGUUGCAACGGCUCCGUGUUUGAGCUACCAAUCGCCUGAGACAAAUGAAGGUGCCCCCUCCUUCAAUGUUGCAGCGAUGCGACAGAUCAUCGAUGCUCAUGAUCUGGACAUGCGUGACGUGAUGUACUCCAUCUUUGCCAACGACAAACCGUUCAGAUCGAAGGAUGCUCCGAAGGGGGUGCCCGUGUACACAGCUAUGGACUAUAAUGCAACCAAAGAAGAACAGCGCGAGAUUACAUUUGAGAGAAUUAUGCACCUGAAGAACAAGGGCCUGUUCAAGAGCUGGCUGACAUCUGAUGAUCCAAAGGAAGCGUACAAGAAGGCUGCUAUGCAUGAGGCUAUCAGCAUCUACGACCACUCCAUGGCCAUCAAGCUUGGUGUUCACGUGCAUCUCUGGGGUGGGGCAGUGAAGUAUCUUGGAACCAAGCGGCACCACGACAAGUAUCUUGCUGGGACUGAGGAUUACCACUACUCUGGAUGCUUCGCUUUGACCGAGCUUGGGCAUGGGAGCAAUGUUCGCGGAAUUGAGACGCUCGCCACAUAUGAUGCCAAUGCGCAAGAGUUUGUCAUCAACACGCCGUGCGAGUCCGCACAGAAAUACUGGAUUGGAGGGGCCGCUCAGCAUGCCAACCACACCUCCGCGUUUGCUCAGCUUAUCAUUGGUGGCGAAAACAAGGGAGUUCAUGCAUUUGUGGUGCCUCUGAGAGACCGCCAGGGAAAGCUGAUGCCUGGUAUCCGCAUUCUGGAUUGUGGACACAAGAUGGGCCUGAAUGGAGUCGACAACGGAAGGAUCUGGUUUGACAACGUUCGCAUUCCAAGGGAAAACUUGCUGAAUGCAGUUGCUGAUGUAACUCCGGAGGGGAAGUAUGUGAGCCCGAUCAGUGAUCCGGAUCAGCGCUUUGCCGCAUUCAUGGCUCCUCUCACUGGUGGCCGCGUCACGCUCGCUAUAAGUUCCGUCAACCAGAGCAAGGUCGGCCUUGCCACCGCUCUCCGCUACGCCCUCUCCCGCCGGUGCUUCUCUCCCGCCGACGGCCAGCCCGAGCUGCGCAUCCUAGACUACCCCAGCCACCAGAGACGGCUGCUGCCUUUGCUGGCCAAGACGUACACGAUGCAGUUCGCUGUGAACGAGCUCAAGACGCAGUACAUCCACAGGAAGCCCUCUGAUGCAAAGUUCAUCCACGUUGUCUCCUCCGGAUACAAGGCCCUCAUGUCGUGGCACAUGAGCCGGACACUGCAGGAGUGCCGAGAGGCUUGCGGUGGGCAAGGGUACAAGUCCGACAACCGGAUUGGCCAGCUCAAGGGCGAGCAUGACGUUACGUCCACCUUCGAGGGCGACAACCAUGUUCUUCUGCAGCAGGUUAGCAAGGCUCUGCUUGGCGACCUCUUUGCUUCCAAGAAGAACGGCAAGCCGCUGCGGGGAAUGGGGCUGGAGCACAUCAACGGCCCGCGCCCUCAGCUUCCGAGCCAACUGACGGCUGAAAUUGUUCGCAGUGCCGACUUCCAGCUCACCCUGUUCCGCCUGCGCGAGUACGACCUGCUGAUGCGCUUUGGCGCUGACAUGGGGGCCUCGUUGAAGAAGGGCGUUCCCAUGUUCGAGGCGUUCAACCAGACGUAUCAGCUGGCCACUGAGCUGGGCAAGGCCCACGCCGAACGCGCCAUCCUCGAGUCGGCGAUCCGAAACGGACGCGAGCUCGCGUCCGGGUCUCUGCGGCCGGUUGUGGAUCUGCUGCGGUCGCUGUCCGCGCUGGCGAUCGUCGACGAAGAUGCCGUCUUUCUCAGAUACGGCUACCUGACCCCGGAGCAGUCUCAAGUCAUCCACAAAGAGGUUGCCGCUCUUUGUGGCGAUGUGCGCCCGCAUACGCUUGGACUUGUGCAAUCGUUUGGAAUUCCGCAGCACCUGCUCGGCCCCAUCGCAUUUGACUGGAUCCAGUACAACGCUUAUCAGGGACCUGGUAAAGAGUCGGCAGUUGAGCAAGCACAGGCAGUUUUUGAGGCCGCUUUGCUGUAAUUGUAAAGGUCACGUGCAAGUUUACGCCAAUAUAGAUUCUGCCAAAACUCGACAGAGGUUUUGGAGCUUGCAAGCAGGUAUAAAAGCCACGUGAUGUACAUUGACUAUUUCUAUUGUAGCAGGAGCCCAGUUUAGGAACCUUCUUCGGAUAAGAUAAUUUCAAGUAGAUACCAUAUAAAGGAUCAGAUAUAAGCAAUCACACAUUCACACAUUCACACAUUCACACACCUUUGGGCCUGGGGCACCCCUUACAACUUAUGGGGUUAGCUCGCGCAUCGGCGGGGGGCCCGGCCAUGUUGCAUGCACAUCUAAUUGUGCCACUGAUUGAAAGUUCAAGUUCUGGCCAGACUGAUCUGGUCUCACGGGAUUUACAAGGUUCAAUGUUUCUCUUUCAAUCCAAAAGCCCGUCAG